GAGAGACAUUCUUAUCAACAUCGCGUUAUUUAAUAUGCGUAUCUUCGAUCGAAUCGUAUCUGCGCGAGUGUCAGUGUCAGGCGUCACGUUGGAGCAACCAGGAUGCUGCGCCAGGAUGAAAGAUGCAGGAGUCGAGGACGCGGGCAACAAUACAUCAUAUAUUUUCAAGUUUCUCAGGGUUGUUAAAAUGCCAUUCAAGUUUCACUUGAAGAAGAGUAGGCAGUACAAUGUUGUGUCCAAGAAUCAGUAUGUGAUCUGUGUCGAGCUACUGGAUAGCUCAUCUAUAGAAUGCACACUUAGUAUUGACAGUAGUGGACAGGAAUGCUUAAACAAUGUGACACAGCGUAUAGGAUUAGGCCAACCAGAAUUCUUUGGCCUAUGCUACAUAUGUACCAUCUGCCAUGGUAAAUCAUCUCUGCGAUGGAUAGACAUGGACAAACCCUUGAAGAAACAACUGGAAAAAGAUGCCAAGAGUUUUACACUUUAUUUAAGAGUUAUGCAUUAUAUCACAGAUAUCCAAUUCAUUCAGGAUGACAUAACAAGGCUUCAUUAUUAUCUUCAGUUAAAGAAUGAUAUUUUAGAGGAAAAGAUACAUUGUAACUCCAGACAAGCUUGUUUGUUAGUGGGUUAUUCUAUGCAAGCUGAAUUUGGGGAUUAUAGCACAGAGAAACACACAAUUGAUUAUUUCAAGCAGUGUAUCUUCUUUGCAAAUGAUGUAAUUAAAGCAGAACCAGGUGGGCAAGAUGCUCUUUUACAUACAGCAAUAUGUCAAUACAAAAGUCUUACUAAUGUUGCACAAAGCACUGCGGAAGAACUGUACAUCUCGUCUGUUAUGCAACUAGAAGGAUACGGCAAUGAAACAUUUACUGCCAAGGAUAGCAGUAAUAAUAAAGUUAUUCUUGGAAUCUCCGUCAAUGGAAUCAUGGUAGUCUAUCCUAGCACACAAACUACACAAAUUUACAGAUGGAGAGACAUCAGCAAUGUCAUAAAUCACAAGAAGACAUUUAGAAUAGAAUGCCAAUUGGAAGGUGAAGAAGCGAAACAAUUUCUGUUUACCGAGUCGCGUGAUGCAAAGUAUAUAUGGCGAUUAUGUAUAGCGCAACAUACAUUUUACAUGCAGUAUCAAGAACGCCGUCCAUUAGAAAGAUCCAAUGGCUACUUCGAUAAUGACACAAACGAUUCCAGCGAGCAAGCGAUGUGCGUAAACUUGGACAAUCGGGCUGUAGACAAUCACACGCGAUGGACAAGUUAUAACGAUCUCUCGACGUCACCGUAUCCUGCUGUUGUGUCAGUCUCGUCGACAGAUAUCAAUAAUUUACGCGCGUUGUUACCGUCUUACAGACCGGCGCCCGACUACGAAACUGCGGUACAAAUGAAGUACAAGAAUGGUGGAAACCCACCACAGCCUUAUUACGCGAAUCAAUCUGCGAUUGUCGGCUCCGACAUCUCGUGCCUUCUUGGUAAUGUUGUGAAUCAUAGCAGGUACUGAAUUUGAUGAGAUUUUUUGGAUGAAAUUUGAUAUUUUGAUGAAAUUAUUUGAUGUCAUCAAGAGAUUUGUAUUUUUUUUGUUAACACAUAUUGUGAUGUAUUUAUGUAAUAUAUAUAUAUUAGUUAAUGUUUGAUGAUACGAAAUAAGACAUUGCAGCUACUAAUUAUCAAGAUUAUCGAGUGUGUGUAUGUGUGUGAUGAAUGCACAAAUUCGCAAGCAUUUCGUCAUACUGCAAAAGAUAUCGCAUGUUAUCUACAGGGUAUUUAUAUUGCGAAUGAAAAUGUGAUGACAAAAAUUACGAAUCAAGUCAAAAGUGUUACAAGAUCUGUAUAUUUAUAUAUACAUUGGUUUUUAUAAUUUUGCUAUAUAUCUUGUACAUGUGCAGAUAUAUACAUUAUUUACAUUGUCAUUGAUUAUCAUUGAUUAACAAUCAAGUGUAUAUUGUAUUGUAUGAAGGAUAAUUUCUCCUCCUUUCAAUUUUUCUUCAGGAUAUUAAAAAAAAGGAUUUAAGACUGUAUUUAUCUCUCUCUAUCGGGUAGAUUCAUUAUACUGAGUAACGAAUAUUUAAUAAACGAAGACAUAUAUAAUUUAA